GGCUCCGGGAAGGCCUGGCUGGCAUCCGGGGAUCCAGUGGUCCCUCUCCCUCGGCCCUGGCAGUGGGGUUGGGCACUGGCCUGCCUCCCUCCAGAACCGCCCCCAGCUCCUCCCUGCUGGGGGCUGGACUGGGAGGAAGGGGGUGGGGUGCGCUUACAUUUGCAGGUCUUUCCAGCCCCUGGGGCAGCCUGAUUAACCAGCUUCUCCAGGGCCAAGCUGCUGGGGGUGGGGUGCAGCCCAAGGCAGCCAGACCAGCCCCUGAGCCUCCUGGGUGCUGGCACCUGUCAUGGGUCUCCCCCGGGGGCAGCCUCUCCUAGGGCUGCACAUGCUCCUCAUGGCACUGAACUGUCUCCGGCCCAGCCUGAGCCUGGGUGAGUGGAGGUCCUGGAUGGACGCGUCCAGCCAGACCCAAGGGGCUGGGGGCCCUGCGGGAGUGAUUGGACCCUGGGCGCCCACCCGCCUCCGACUGGGAGAGGCAGCCCCAGGGACCCCCAAGCCCGUCUCCGUGGCUCACCUUCUGUCCCCCGUGGCCACAGAGCUGGUGCCCUACACGCCUCAGAUAACAGCCUGGGACCUGGAAGGGAAGGUCACAGCCACCACCUUCUCCCUGGAGCAGCCGCGCUGUGUCUUUGACGGGCAUGCCAGCGCCAGCGACACCGUCUGGCUCGUGGUGGCCUUCAGCAAUGCCUCCAGGAGCUUCCAGAACCCAGAGACACUGGCUAACAUCCCGGCCUCCCCACAGCUGCUGACCGACGGCCACUACAUGACCCUGCCCCUGUCUCUGGACCGGCUGCCCUGUGACGACCCCCUGGUGGGCAGUGGAGGUGCCCCCGUGCUGCGGGUGGGCCAUGACCACGGUUGCCAUCAGCGGCCCUUCUGCAACACGCCCCUCCCUGGCCCUGGACCGUAUCGGGAAGACCCCUGGAUCCAUCGACACCUGGCCAGGGCGGCGAAGUGGCAGCAUGAUCGUCAUUACCUCCAUCCUCUCUUCUCUGACCGGCCUCCUGCUCUUGGCCUUCUUGGCAGCCUCUACCGCACACUUCUCCAGCCUGUGGUGGCCGGAGGAGGCCCCCGAGCAGCUGCGGAUCGGCUCCUUCAUGGGGAAGCGCUACAUGACCCACCACAUCCCGCCCAGCGAGGCUGCCACACUGCCAGUGGGCUGCGAGCCUGGCCAGGACCCCCUCCCCAGCCUCAGCCCCUAGCCUGGCCUCUGUGCAUGGGGCUAGGGGAGGUGGGGCGCAGGGAGCGAGUGCAUGGUGCUCAGUCCCAGCUUCUGCACCCACAGGCCCCCUCAGGGCUGCUUGCCUUUCCCCGCUGGCCAGCACACCCCCUACCCUGCCUGAAAUCCCAGCACCAGCCCCCCUGCCUCUGCCUUUCCGGUUUCUCUCCCUCUCCAAACAUCUGUAAGUUGCACUCAGGAGGGUUUAGGGGAGGGUCAUGGGCAGACUGGACACCCAGUCCCCACCUCCAUCCCCACCUCUGUUUCACCUGACCUCCUUUGAGGAAGGCUGGAGGCUGUGUGGACAGGCCCCCCUGACCUCAAGCUUCCAGACCCCAGGAGGAGGCCUGCAGGGGACCGUGCUUUGCCUAGUGCAGGAAGCUGGGCUCAUCCCGGGGCCUAUGCGACCUGAGCCGCCCUCUGUCCCCUGUCCCACCCAUCAGUGGCUGGGCAGGGUAAGGAUUCAGAGGUGUCCCUACUGCCCCUGGGCACAGCACCUUUCUGAGAGUGGGACUCUCCAUGGUCAUCUGACUACCAAUUCUGGCCACCACCUCCAACCCUCUUGCGCAUACGGAUGGCUCUCGCCCUUAUCCACCCUCUCAAGCAUUUAUUAAGCACCUGCUGUAUGCCACAUACAGUGUUAGACUUGGGGCUUCAGGCAUAGCUGGUCCUGACCUUGGGGAGCUGCCUUCUCUAGACCUGAAAUGACCACGUGUCCAGAUGUGACCUGUUGCUGUCGGGGGUCUGUCACGCCCUUAGACUGCCAUCCCAGGAGGCUCUCCGGGACCCAGGAGCCUCCAUCACCUGGAAGGACCCUCUGUGCAGAAGAACCCCAAGUGUCCAUCUGUGUAUAAG